CUUACUACUUUAACUAAUAGCACCACCUUAGGGUGCUUUUUUUGUAUUCAGCCACUUUCCUAUAGAGAAUGAUAGAUAACACAGUCUUGCGCACAUAUAUCUAUCUGUGUGACUAUGGUCGAUUGAACACUUUUUGGCGUAGGCAGAUGAUAACAACAACAGAAAUAGGAUAAUUGAACAAACGCGAACUAGUGAACCUCGUUUAAUUAUCAUCAGAACAAUGAUGAUGAUGAUGCUAUUGAAAAUGAUAAUAACAAUAAUGAAGCAAAUAGUGAUUCCUGUGAUCCGGAAACUAUGCAUGCACAUUGUGUAAGGCAUAUAUUUCAAGGGUCGUAAGAUAUAUAUAUAUACGUAUAUAUUCUCCCUAUGAAUAACUUUACAUAACCCUACGAUCCGUUUGUGUACUUGUGCGUCUGUUCGGCAUCUCACUGGUUUGUGCAAUUUUUCUUAUUUUUCUACGAAAUAUCCUACAUACUACAAAGCGAAAGAAAAAUUUUUGAAAUAUUACAGAUAUUACAGAUUUUAUUAUUAUUACUAUUAUUAUUACUCAUUUGUUCAUUAACUCAAGUGAUCUCUCCAAGAGGUGAUAAGCUCAAAUUAAGCGCCACACAAAUAUCUACUCCAUUGCCUUUUUUUGACAAGAAAGUGGAUUAUUCUUUGUGGGUUUUUAUCCUCUUUUUAUAAAAUAUUAUCCCAUUAUAAUUGAAUAUACAUAUAUUUAAUUACGUGAUAUCAAAUUUGAGAAAGAUACAACAAACAAUUACAUUAACAAUUAACAAUGAAUAUAUUUGUAUUAAUUUUUAUGAGGAUCAUAAGUCGAUUGGACUUUUAAUUGAACCUUGUUCGCCAGAGGAAAAAAGGUGUGGGUGUGAUAAUUAAAUGGCUAUCCCUGUAACAUUCCAAUCAUUGCAUGAAACAUGCGAUUCUGGGUUAAUGACACAUUCAUGUGAAAGUAAUUUCAUUGUGCAUACACCUUCGACAUCUCAUAACAGUUAUUAUAAUUCUGUAAGACCAUUUAUUGCCUCAGAUAUGUCAACUUCCAGUCUAUUUCCUGAGUGGUCAUUAAGAAUGACGAACAAGUCAGAAAUUUAUGAAAAUGAGAAUUCAACAAAUCUGUCAGUCUUCAGUAAUCAUAUAUGCGAUGAUAACAGUAUAGAACAAAACUGUUCUAAGUCUAUAUAUUCAUCAGAAUCUGAGAUUAAACCACCUUUAGUCCCUUCCACCAUAUCUAAAAACUUAAGUGAACUAGUGAAUAAACUAAACAAUGAAGAUCCUUAUCCACUUAGUCAUAUUGAUCCCGAAUGCUUUGAAUCUUAUGAUCCCCCAGAUUGUGAAAAUUUCUCAUCAACUCUAAACAUACUCACAUCUUUUACAAAUUCUGAUGUAAAUAAAAUUAAAACACUGAACUCUUCUAAAUGGUGUCCAUCUGUGAAUAAUAUGCCUGAAUCGGAUAACUUUUGUAGUUCAACACCAGCCACCUACAAUCAUUGUCUGCCAAUACUUUCUUCAGAUUGUAUUAAUGAAUCACACAUUUCAAAAAAUGUUCAUAAGGAUUCUCAAGAGGAAUCCAAUACUUUAGAAAUUAAUAAAUAUGAAAAAAUUAGGUCGUCUUUUAAUGAUACUGGUAGUAAACAUUGCUUCAUUCGUGAAGAAACUUUUCAUUUUCAAACGCCUAUAGAAAAAUUUAGAAAUAUGACAACAAAUAAAAGAUCAUUUUCAAAACGGAACAUUAAUGAAUAUGCUGACAGCUAUACUGGGUCAGUGAGUAUAACUGGUGUUCAAAUGUCAGCAGAAGAUAUAGUAAAGAAGCAUAUCAUUGAUACUUAUACGAAUAAAAGUGAAGAAAGCGAAAAAAUGUCACCACUUAGUUAUAUUCAAUCAUCCCUCAUAACUUAUGAUAAUUACACAACCGCUGUAUCAAGCAACACAUCGUCUUGUAUUAGUAAGGAAGAGUCUGUGAAGGGUUUAAACUGUGAAUCAUUCGACAGUGGCAAUAACAAUUUACCCCUGAUGAAUUUAUCUCCUACACUAAAUCAUCAUUCGUAUUUAAAACAAAGAAUUGAUGAUGUCACUUCAACUAGUCCUACAAGAAAUCAUCGAACAAGACCGUAUACAAUAAGUCAUGGUCAUCCAAAGUGUGAAAAUGAUAAUUCCCGGCUAACAGAUGAACAUUGUCAAGAGACAGUUAAGUCUAAUGAAAUACAGUUAGAUCAUCAUAAUUUUAGUCGAAGUCAAAAUCAUGAUUUCGCUGUAAAACAAUGUUCACUGAAUUCUCGAUUUCAGCCUAUAACAGAAUCAGAUUUUUUAUUUGAUGAUCAAAUCAGUCAACAUGAUCGUUUGUUUAUAAAAGACAUUGAAGAGAAGAUCAAAUGUUCUCUACCGUGUUGUCUAUCAAAUAUAGAUUUGAAUAAAAAGGUUGAAUAUAAUCAGAAUGAGUAUUCAUGUUGUACACCGACAAAUUUUAAUCCUGUAGAAGUAAUGAACUCUAUUGAAACAUCAAGUAUCAAUCAUUUAACACCGUAUACAUCUCAUAAAAAUAUUACUUCAAAUAAUUGGGACACAUCUACACCAAAAACUUCCAGCUAUGUUGACUGUGAGUCUAAAUUAGACACAAUAGAAUGUAACCGAGAUUAUCGUCUAUUCUCAUCUCCAGAACAAUUGAAUUUUAAUAAUAUUGAAUGUUCUAAUCCAAUAUCAUUUGAUUGUUGUAUUGAUUCAACUUCGCAUACUUAUCCAUCAUGUUCUAAUGAUGACUAUUCACGGAAUUCUUCAUCAUUAAGUAACGUAUAUAAUCAACCUGAUGUAUUCGCAUCAUCGAAAUGUUCAAAUGACAGCGUGCUCGACUCUUUCAGCUUAGAUCCGUUAAGUUAUUUUUCAUCAUCUAUAUUCCCUUCAACAGUACAAUCUGAUAGUAGCGAAAAAUUAAAAAUGGAUUCAUCCUAUUUAGCUGCACAACAAGCAUUACUAGCAAGAUAUUUUCAUGUGGAUAAAGAGUUUACAAAAUUUUCUACCAGUACUAAUCAGUAUACUGAUUUCACGGUGAAUGUGACACGUUCAAAUGACAGUGGAUUGUUACAUCAAAAUACAAGCCUAGAUCAUCAAAUCCCUUCUACGCCAAAUAAUCAGACUGUACAGAGUGCACGAAUUCAGUUUCCCAGUGAGCAUAAUACUAGUAAUAAUAACAAUAGCAAUUUCAAUAGUGAUUUAUGCAUAAAUAGGUUUGAUCACUUAUCACACAUAAAAUUCAACACACAUAAUACUCUAGACUGUAAAGCGUAUCCUUCAUUAACAGAUACUUCUGAAUGUGACACUAAAACAUCCACGCAUAAUUCAUCCUAUAAAAAGUUACAUCACAAGUACACAAUUAAUAAUAAUAAUAAUAAUAACAGCGUGAAUAAUAAUACACCAGAAGCAAAUAAACAUCAAUCACACCUUGAAGCAUCUAUUAUUGGUAACAAUCAUAAUAACAGUAACACUCAACCCAUUCAAUAUUUCAAUGAAUCCAUUUUAACAAAUGAUUCAAUGAUCAAUAAGUCAAAUACAAUAUUACAUAGUUCAGAAUUAUAUCUUAAUUCAUAUAAUUGUUUUACUGUGAUUGAUCAAUUAGAAGAAAGAAAUAGUGGUUAUAAUAUAGCACAAGGAACACGCUUAAGUCCAUCAAUAUUAUCAUCAACACAUUCCUCAUCUUCUUUUCUGACAGGUAACAAUCAUAACACUAGUAUUAACAAUAAUAAUAAUAGUUCCACACCAAUUUUAUCCUCUCCUUCCUUGUCUUUAUCAACAACAUCUACACCGCCAACAAUAUCAAUUAGUCCAAAUAAUAAUAAUAAUUCAAAAUUGUCUAAAAUUACUAAUUAUAAUCUAAAUGAUAUCCAUCCAGUACCAGUUGGUGAAGCGGAAUGUCAUCAGUUGUGUUUAGUUUGUGGAGAUAAUGCAGCCUGUCAACAUUAUGGUGUAAGAACAUGUGAAGGGUGUAAAGGAUUUUUUAAGCGGACAAUACAGAAAAAUGCUCAAUACGUUUGUCUUCAAGCUAAAAAUUGUGUUGUGGAUAAACGUCGAAGAAAUCGCUGUCAGUAUUGUCGUUUUCAAAAAUGCCUAAAGGUUGGCAUGGUAAAAGAAGUUGUUCGCCGAGACAGUCUUAAAGGUCGUCGAGGUCGUUUGUCAUCUAAAGCAAGAUGUCAUUUGAAUGAACAUGGUGGAAUAGCCAAUUGUUAUGGAGAUAGUAAUAUGAAUAAAAGUUUACUACCCUUACAUAACUUUCUUCACAAACGAAACAGUAUAUCACCAAAUGUAACAUCAAUCACUGGAAAACGAUAUUCAGGUUCUAAUGUACCAGUAAAUAGUACGACCAGAACAAAUACGUGUACUGUUAAUUCAACUGUUACACUGUUAUCAAUGUUAAACAGAGCAUAUGAAAUUGUAGGUCCAAGAAAUCAUUCUAUCCUCAUCAAUGCGGAUAAUAAUCUUGUUAAAGAUAGUGAAGAAACAAAAGAAAAUGGUAAUUCACUUGGUAAUGGAGAAGAAAUGAACCGCGUUUCACCGGAUGAUAUGCAGAUUGAUGAACAGUAUACAAAUCGAUUUUGUUCAAACCUUGAAGAAUCUAUGCAAGAAUUAAGACGUUAUGCUGAAAUGGUUCCAGGAUUUAUGGCUUUAUCGGCACACGAUCGUGAGGUGAUGCUAAAUCUGCAUUUUCUUGACCUACUAAGUUUUCGAUUAGCCUGGAGGUGUGCAAUGAAAUUAAACGCGAGUAGUGUAAAUACCCACCCAACACCAACAUCUCAUCUACGAAAUCAUUCCGAUAUUUGUACAAAAUCAAAUGAAAUGUUUCAGGACAAUUGUGUAACAGAAAAACUCUAUCAAAUCUCCCCAUCUGCAGUCAUGAUGAUGAAAGGAAUGGCAACAACAUCAUCAACAAAAACGACAACACCAACAACAACAGCCUCAACACCUAUGGUGUCAAGUAUAUCAUCAAAAUACGAGCAACAUGUUUAUGUGCACAAUUGGAGUCAACCGGAGAAAUCCCAGUACUCAGAUUUUCAAAAAACAAAUUAUUUGUUGAAUAGAAAUAGUAAUAAUUAUCCUCGUCAACAUCAUCAGCAACAGUCUUAUCAUUACAAAAAUAAUGAAAUAACCUUUAUCUUUGAAAAUAGUAAAUCUAUGACUUACACAGAGGUAAUAAAGUCAGGUUUUGGUGAUUGGGCGAAUCAAAUCCAUGAGACCGGAAUUCAGCUAAGAGCUCUAGUUCAAGAUGAUUACAAUGCAAUCUGGGGUUUAGCUGCAUUAAUACUAGUUAAUUAUAAGUCGAUAAACUUAGUCGCUGGCUGGUUCUAUGCAUCUUCAGACUUCUUCCCAAUUUACUGAUCCUUAUUGGUCGGUCAUCCGUUCUUCAUUAUCUAGCAAAGACAAAUAUCUGUUGGUGAAAGUCUUCAAUAGGCUGCUGGAAAUGCUACAGAAUGAGGUUGAUAACAAUUUGGAGCACUGCACGCCGUAGUCUUGAAGUAGUUUUCAAAUUACUUUCCGGUCAACACUCUCGAAGGCCCUUUCGAAGUCGAUGAAUUCAAGAUCGUACACCAUUAUCAAAUUCCAGUGAAGUUUAUUCACUCCAUCAUCGAUUUGUUGAAAUGUUAAAAAGUCACUGUUGUUCAUCGAACCAUCAUGUUCACUUAACAUCAACAUCAUCACAGAAUUCUUCACUUAACAUCGACGCUAAUAACAACAACAAUAAUAAUCAUAAUAAUAGUAAUAGUAAUACUACUUCUGCUACUAAUAUUAAUAAUAAUGUUAAUAAUACAAGUCACAAUAAUACUGCACACCACUCAAACAAAAGAAUUAAUAAAUAUCCAAGCAAUAAUGAUAAUUCAACGCAUACAACCACAUCAUUAUUACGCAAUGAUUCAACUUAUUUUUCAAAAGUAUUUCAACAAAAAGAUAUUAUACACGAAAUGACACGUAAUCAUUUAAUUCAACCGCUUCAAAGAUUAUUCGAUAAUGAUCAAACUUCAUAUGCCUGGUUAAAAGAUAUUCUAGAGGUGACAAAGUUAUCAGACUGACAUUUCAUACAUUAUAUAUAUAUAUAUAUAUAUAUAUAUAUAUAUAUAUGCAUACAUGUAUAUCAACAGAAAUAUUCACAAAAAUAAAUCCCCUUACUGACAAACACCAAUUGUUGAAUACACUGUUCCGUAAUGGAGAUAAAGGUGAUACAGCUAUUGAUAAUUGUUGUGUUUUUUCAAAAUUUUCCAUUCGAUUCUUCCUUUUAUCCAAUCAUUUUUCGCUAUUAUACUCCAUAAUCAAAAAGGAGUCUUUGAAGGCCUCCUGCGAUCUAGUCUCGUUUGUUGCCCAACUUCUGAUUACAUUUGUUAUUGCACAGGUGUAAUAUAUACAUAUAUAUAAAUACGUGAAUAUAGAAGGUAAACCUUUCUAAGUAACAACGCAGCAACAAAAGUGCUUUCCACAAUAUCCAGCCUAAUUAUAAUGAGACGUAGGCAGAGAAAAAGAACUAAUAAAGGGAACAACAGCCACUACGCAUUUCAAUUCACCAUUUUCGGAGUCUCUGUUAUUAAAAUUGGCGGAUAUAAUUUCGUUUAAAAUUACUAUUAUUAUUCCACAGUCACUUAACUAUUUACCAAUUAAAUUAAAGUUUAACAUUGUCAAUUUGAAUACAGUUUUCGUUAUGAUAUCUUCUUCUGUUGAUACUAACUACUCAAAAUGAAAAAAAUUAAAGAUACCGCGAAUUUUAUUGAUUUUAAACAGUCAGUCAGCCAUUAUGAUUAUGCAACGCUUUUAUUUAUUCUUAUGGAAUGUUAAAAGCUUGAUUACAUAACACAAAAUACAUAUACACCUAUAUGUAUACAUCUUGUUUAUACCAUUUUCUUUUCUUCUGUACUUUUUAAAACAAAAACAACUGCAAAACACGAAAAUAUGUAACUUUUGAUUUCAAUCUUAAAUAUGCAUUAUAAAAGAUAAGAACAAAAAACUUAUGGUGAAAAUUGAAAAAAAGGGUGUUUCUUCUCAUUUGACUUUACAAGUUUUGGUUUUUACAUAAAUAAAUUGCUUGAAAGUUACAUCACAAGCUAACUGAUAUCAGUGAAAAAUCAUUAGAAAUAAUUAUACAGUAGUGAAGAACUUUUUCCUUCUAGAAGUGAGUAUAAAUGACACCACUGGGGCUCGAAACCUUGAGUUAGCGAUCAAACAUUUCUGACUUGGGUUUCAAAUGUGAAUAAACAC